ACUUACAGUUAGAAAUAUGUUGGAACCAUAUGGAGUCUUGUUAGACUGAGAAGUAUGUUUCCAUGUAUAAUAAAGUUUGUGUUAAAUGACAUUAUUGAAAGAUUCAAAAUUGAAAUAUGCUAAACAUGAAACUACGUGCAAGAUAUCCACAUGGUUCCAGCAGAUGUUGAAAUGAAGUCUGAAAUUGAGUACUACGCUAUGUUGGCAAAGACAGAGGUUCAGCACUACAGUGGUACCAAUAUUGAAUUAGGUACAGCCUGCGGUAAAUAUUUCCGUGUAUGCACAAUGUCUAUUACGGAUCCUGGUGAUGCAGAUAUCCUUCGUUCGAUUCAAGAUAAUUAAAAAGUUGCUGUUAAAGUAAAACUUUUUUAAUAAAAGAAAGGAGUUUUAUAAGAAAAAAA